UAUCUCAAUAACUUUCACAUGACAGUGAACUGCUCAGGAAUAAUUUUUCUGAAGUUGUGACACAGUUGUGACACUUCGAAAUAAACGAUUCUUUGCAGUAGUUUACAGCCUGAGUUUGCAAUGUGCAAAGCGCGCUCGCAGUUUAGUAUCUCGGGGGCGCGCAUGGCUAUAUCCUGUGACUGAAAGCAUCCCGACUUCAUUCACCCCGGAGAUCACAGGACCGCUGGGAACUGGCAUCAAACUCCUCCGAGCCGUAGAUCGGACCGUUUUUUUUUCUUAAUUCGUUCGUUGGUGCCAUUAUACUUUUCCUCAUUUCAUUCAGGACAGAACUGGUUAUUUUUGCAGUUUUCCUUUUAAAAUAUUGUAAAAAUUUGAAUGAUUUGCCCCCCACCUAAAGUGCCACGAUGUUCAACCGCUGCAGGACGCACAAAAGUGAUUUUGAACGGAUUUUACUGAGGACAAAAUGAUGGAUAUUAUUGGAUGUGUGAAUGUAAAAGAAAGGCUUUCAUAUUUCCAUUGGACUCCGGUUCGUUUGAUGCCAAAAGGAAGAGCUGCUGGACAUCAACUUUACCUCAAUCAGGUUUGAUUAUUUGAUGAGCUUUGAUGCUUCAGACUGGACAAAAGGCUGUAUGAGUUUUCCCCCUCAGCCAGCGUGCAUUGCGGUCACUUAUAUUUUGGAAAUCACCUGCAGUGACUCCCACUGAAUGCAUGAGCGGGACUCUACUCCUAAUUCUAAUCACUUCAUUUCGAAUUUAAACGCCAUCUCAAGUUUUAGACGCGCUCUUUCAGUGAGGUCGUGCUGGUGGCUAGUUCUCCCGAGGGAUGUUUCUGGGCUCCCGAGAACAGGGAGCGACAGCCCGGCUCCUGCAGUGGACUUUCGCCUCGUCCUGGUGCCUCUGCAGCGGAUCUGAGAGGAGAUGAGAGCUACGGUAUACCACCUCCUCGUCGGCUGCCUCUGCCUGUUACGCACCGCUGCUGAGGAGUCUCCUCUCCCCCGGGAGCUGUUGGAGCGCCUCUCCCGCAGCGAGAUCCGCAGCAUCAGCGACCUCCAGCGGCUGCUAGAGAUAGACUCCGUAGAGAACGAGGUGAUCGAGGAGACCAAACAUAGCUACCACAAGGACUUUUCUCACAGCUUCCCCGACCUGAAGAAAGCACACACACACACCAGACGCAGGAGGAGCACUGUGGUGGAAGAGGCCUUGCCGGCAUCGUGUAAGGUGCGUACAACAAUCUAUGAGAUCCCCAGGAGCCAGGUGGAUCCCACCUCAGCCAACUUUAUCAUCUGGCCGCCCUGCGUCGAGGUGAAACGUUGCACCGGCUGCUGCAACACCAGCAACAUGAGAUGCCAAGCGGCCCGCAAACACCACCGCACAGUCAAGGUGGCGAAGGUGGAGUAUGUGCGGCGGCGGCCCAAGCUGAGGGAGGUGCAGGUGAGGCUGGAGGAUCACCUGGAGUGCAUGUGCACCAACAAACGGCACAUCAGCCCAAACUCAGACACAGACAAUGGCAUCAGGUGAAAAGAGAUGGACGGAUGGAGGACAAGAGGAGGACGACCUGAACUUUCAGCCACUAACAUCUCCACCACACCACCUGCCAUCAAGUGACUGAAAGGUUUGAUGGAGUGUAUUUGGACCUUUUGGAGGUUUAAUGGAGGAUAACUGACUUGUAUGAACUCUAACUUUACUUUGAAAGGUUUGUUAAAAAAACUGAGAGCAACAAGCUGCCAGAACGAGAAACGGACUGUGAUUCCUCGAUGGAGAAAGGAAGCGAUUAGAUGCUGAGGUGAGGUGGAUUCUGGGAUAUCGAAGGACUUAUUGUCUGCGUCUUGUUCCUCCACCGGAUUUUAAACCGCUCAGCGUCUCGGAUUAUAAACUGGGUGGAAUCAUUUCUAGAAACAGUGAGCAGGAUUAGGUUUUUUGUACUUCAAGAUUUACUCAGCAAAACACUCACACGCACAUGUGCACGUAUAUCCUCUUAUUUUUGUAACCUCUCAUUUUCUAUUGCUGUCUGUUUGUAUUUCUGGUAUGUUAUCUGCUUAAAGAAUGGAGUGAAUAAAACUCUCCUGACAUGUUACUGAUACUAAUAAACUAUUUAUAUGAAAACAAAGCGAGCCCGGUGAUCAGGAAACAGCUUUUAUAGAAACUGGUUUCUCACAAAAUGCUUAUCAGAGCGACUGAAGGAUUUAAAAUAUCUAAACGUGGAA